AUGUCCGCGCAGCCCGUCAUAGUAGUCGGCUCUGGCCUCGCCGGCCUGUCCGCCGCCCACGAGGCCCUCAAGGCCGGCGCCUCGGUGCGGAUGUUUGAGCGCGGGGCCAAGACCGGCGGCAACAGCAUCAAGGCGUCCUCCGGCAUCAACGGCGCCAACUCGAGGUACCAAAAGGCAAAGGGCAUCGACAAGGACGAGCUCUUCUACGGGGACACGGUCAGGUCCGCCGGCAAGCUCUUCAAGGAGACGAGCCAUAAGGGCCUCGACCGCGAGGCUCUCGUCCAAAAGCUCACCAAGGAGUCCGCGAGCGCCGUGGAGUGGCUCGCUGACGAGUUCGGUGUUGAUCUGAGCAAGGUGGCUCCUUUGGGGGGCCACUCCAUUGCCCGGACACACCGUGGAGCGGGCAAAUCACCUCCAGGGUUUGCCAUUGUCAGCACUCUUACCAAGAAGCUAGAGGAGAAUCCCAAGUUUGAGCUGAGCACCUCCUCUGAGGUGACGGCUCUGGACGUGACGGACGGAAAGGUGACUGGAGUCACCGUUAAGAAGGAGGACACCGAGGAGACAGUCAAGGGAUCGGUCGUCUUCGCCGCAGGAGGAUUCGCAGGGGACGCCAAGGGCCUGCUCGCCAAGUACCGGCCCGACCUGGAAGGAUUCCCAUCUACAAACGACGCUCGACCGGCAGCGCAUCCCGUCCUGUCCGCCGUUGGGGCCGAGGCGAUCGACAUGGAGAGCGUGCAGAUUCACCCCACGGGAUUCGUGGACCUCAAGGAGCCGUACGCGCCAAACAAGUUCCUCGCCGCGGAGGUCCUGCGAGGCGAGGGCGGCAUCCUCCUUAGCAGUAGUGGGGAGAGAUUUAUUAAUGAGCUCGAGAAGCGGGAUGUUGUGAGUAACGGCAUCAUGAAGCUGCCGAGCGACUCGACGGAGGAGGGCAAGCUCUGGAAGGUGACGCUCCUCCUCGACCCUGGCGCCUGCGAGGCCACGGCCAUGCACAUCGGCUUCUACAUCUUCAAGGGCUUGGUGGAGAAGAAGAAGGUCAAGGACCUGAGCCCGGAGAUCAUCAAGGCGGUUGAUAAGUACUCCGAGGCCGUCGCCUCGGGUGCGGCCGACGAGUUUGGCCGGCCCUCGUACGGGCACUGGAGGCUGAAGGCCGGGAAGGAGAACCGCGAGGAGGAGGUCUGCGUGGGAGUCAUCACGCCGGUCGUGCACUUCACUAUGGGAGGAUUCGCCAUCAACACCGAUGCCCAGGUCCUGAAGAAGGGGGCCGACGGCGAGGCGCUCACGGCCAUCCCCGGGCUAUGGGCGGCAGGAGAGAUCACAGGUGGAAUCCACGGCGACAACCGCCUGGGAGGUUCUUCAUUGUUGGAGUGUGUUGUCUACGGACGUGAGGCUGGUCGCCAGGCCGCAAAGGCGGCAUCUACUGCAUGA